AUGUAUAAUAGGGAUAUCGGCAUUUAUGAUAAGAUAGUUUAUCAAGAAUUAUUAACUGAAAUUGCUCAAACUCAACAAAUAGACGUGGGUACUAAACAACAAUUUAAAGUUGUUGCAAUAAAUGAAGCUGAUGAAAUCACGCAUAAUGCUCAAGCUGUACUUCGAUGUACAAUGGAGAAAUAUAUAUCAAAUUUAAAAAUUAUUCUUUGUUGCAAUUCUACGAGCAGAAUCAUUGAGCCAAUUCGCAGUAGAUGCAUGCUUUUAAGAGUUCCAUUGCCUUCACUUGACGAAAUUGAUAUUUAUUUGAAUACAAUAUGUAAUUGUUAA